AUGGCCACUCUUGCCUUCAAACCGUAUACUUAUGUGCCAACUGCUCCGCGUUCCAAUAGCGCAACAAGCCGCCGCAAACCUGCCUCGAAGCCAAUCAGCAUCUUCAACAAGUUCCAGCGAAUUAAGACGAGUAGUGCAGAACUCAGCACGCUGCAAUCAGCAGCAAUUGACGAUUGUGGGCGUAACGAGCUUGGAAUCCGAGAGAACGGUAUAGUCACUGACGAAAACGACGACGACUGCGACCUUCCCUCCAUCGAACAACUGCUAUAUACCACGCUACAGGAGGAGAGCUUUGUAGUGGUGGACCAGCCCUUGAACAAUACAACCUUCAAAGUUGGGAAUAGAAUUAUAAAUGAGAGAGGCGGCUCUCUUGGUGAUAACGGAUCAGCGUCAGGCGGUAACCCAAGCGGUAGUCCAGGAGAUCCAAUCGUGCUAUUGGGCGAUGACGACUCAAGUGCCUCUGGAGCCGAAGUCGACGACAGUGGUCUUCUUGCUGAAAGUGCGGCGGCAGAUGAGGGCCGCCUCGACAGCCUAGAGACAGCCAUCGACUCGACAACUCCAGCCCCUCCAGCCCCUCCUUGCAGUUCCGAUGGGUGGCACGAUAUUGAUGACUUCCCCGAGCUGGCUCCGCGCUUGCGGCUUGCGGAACAAGGAGCUUCGACGCCAGAAUCUCUGCCUUCUCUGCCUUCUCAGACCUCUUCGCACCUCUCGAGCGAGCUAUUACACGACACCACCAGUACGGAAUCCAACGCCACGACCCCCUCUCUGAGAAUGCCUUCACUCCAUCGCAAAGCGUCGCUAAAGACCCAGCGUAGUCAAGAGGGUCGUCUUCACACCGGUCGAGGCGUGGCAGACGAACACGAGCUGAUUGACCAUGCUCUCGACACUCUCCUCAUUGAUGAAGGGGCGAGGAAGCAGCAAGAGGUGGAGCAUGAACAGAAAAAGGACGAUGGCAAUACUGAGGAUGAAGACGAGGGGCCGCAGCAAGAGAUGAAUGCUGUGACACAAGCAGUAAUGGCUGAAGGACCCGGUGAAAGUCCAAGAGUAGCUAACCGACGGCAAUCGCUUCCCAACCUCGACUCAUCUCCAGAGCCGAGUCAUAACGAAGCAAGAAGCCGAAGCGGUGGUGAUAGCGACAGCGACGACGAGCUCAACAGCACUGACUUAGCCGAGGAUAACGAGGAAGAACCACGUCCUGCUAAGCGGAAGCAGUCAUCAUUUCACGAUGGCCCAACACGCAAGAAGUGCAGGCGCGGUCUUCAGUACAAGCUUCUCACCCAGCGUCGACUUCUCUCCGAAGCCUAUCGUCUGUAUCCCGGGUCGCAAUCCCCUCUCGACCAGAGGUCAAGAGUCGUCGCUACGAGCUCAAGGGUCAAGGGCCGAUUUCUUUCACCAACGCCUUCUAUACCACAAAGCAUAAAUACAAAGAUGUCGCUUGGCGACCCUAACCUCAGCCCAUCAUUGAGAGCUACCCUACCAACGCUGACCGAGAUCACUUUCCGUCCGCACUCCACACGCUACUACUCUUUCACGGCAACGAUCUGGGAUGGCUGUGGCGGUCAAGGUGUCUCUCUCGCCCAGCUGGCUCGACUCAUCGCGAGCACCGGCCACGUGGGGAAGAUUGACGACUUCACAAUCAAGCCGAUUGAACAACAUUCGUACCUCUUGAGUGGCCUUAGCCGGCAUACAUCGUCAUCGAUUACCGCAGAGGCAUGCCAUGAUCGCGUUGAUGCGACGUGUACCCGACCCCAGGAUGGCAAAGCUGUUGAUGCUAGGGAUGACGACGACAGUGGAUUGAGCGACAGUGAUCCAGACCCUGGUAGCGACCAUAACGGGGAUGGAGAUUCGAGCGAGGACGAGCUGGGCCGUUUGAGCAUGAGGAUGAAUGUCCCAUGGGAUCCUAUAGACGAGCAGCGCUUGCUGGCAUACAAAAAGGAGGGCAAGUCGUGGAAGUGGAUUUUCCACCAGUUCCCAGGCCGGACUCGGGCUGCAGUACGCACACGUUUGAACAUCGUACAAGCCAGAGGCGAGUAG